UUUUGAAUAACCAUACUCCUACUUUAUUUAUGCUCCUACCAAUAUUUGCCUUCACUUAAUGACCAUAUAGACAACGUAAUUGAUUCUAACAACCAUUCUGAAAAAACUAAGCUUUAUAAACUUUAGGUCCAUAUUACGUGUAUUAUUUAAGUUGGGCCGCAAUAAUAUAUUUAUCUUAUAUAUCCAUUACAUUAAAAACGAGAAUUCAUAUUUUUUCCAUACAUCUGCUUCGGCGAGUGAACUUUGUAAAACUAUUAGAAUAUCUUUACAAAGUAAUGAAUCUACUAAAUAUUUUUUCCUAGAUAUACAUACAUAAUUUUUGUCUAAAUCACCAUUUUCAUUACAUUGUUUCCAAAUUCAAAUAUUUUAGUCUUCUAAAGCCAUAAUUAGCCCCACACCCAAAGAGCGUAAGAAUAAAAGACGAAUUUUCCCCAAUAUUCGAAGCUUACGAUUGAAAAUCACAAGCUUGAAUAAAGAAGCUUGACUUUAAAGCAUUUUGAUUUCGAAUCUGAUUUCUGUUUUUGAGAGAGAGAGAGAGAGAGAGAGAGUGAAAAUGGGCUCUAAAGGCAGCGUUAGAAAGAUGAUUCAGAGUUUGAAAGAGAUCGUGAACUGUUCCGACUCAGAGAUCUACACGAUGCUUGUGGAGUGCCAUAUGGAUCCUAACGAAACCGUUAUUCGUCUCAUUUCUCAAGAUGCUUUUCAAGAGGUGAAGAGCAAGCGAGACGAGAAAAAAGACACUAAAGAUCAAGCAGAGUCAUCGAGACGUGGAAUCCCAAAUCGUGGAGCUAGAAACAGUGCUAAGUCCAGUUACAACACCGCUCGAGGUGGCGGCAACAAAUUUAACUCCAAUGAGACAAGACUUGCCCAAAGAGGGAAGGGAGCACGUAACCAUUGGGCUGGCUCUUCAGCACCAAACAGUGAUCGUCCUAAAAACGCUGAAGUUAAGGAAGCAGAACCAGCGGGUCCAACUGGUGCAGCUUCUUCCUCUUUGCUGCCAGCACCAGCGUAUCAAUCCGCUUGGGCCAAAGCUAACCCCGGGAAGAAAACUAUGGCUGAGAUUGUGAAAAUGGGUAAGCCUCUUCAUCAGAAGAAAGUCAGUGCGCCUCGUUCAUCAGAGACGCAAGAGAGUGGAAGCAAAGCCCCUUUGAAAGAUGAAGGGUCUUCAACUGAGAAGCAAGAGAGUGGAAGCAAAGCCCCUUUGAAAGAUGAAGGGUCUUCACUUGAGAAGCAAGAGAGUGGAAGCAAAGAUCCUUUGAAAGAUGAAGAAUCUUCAUUUGAAACGCAAGAGAGUGGAAGCAAAGCUCCUUUGAAAGAUGAAGGGUCUUCAUUUGAGAUGCAAGAUGUUUCUGAUCCAGUGCCUUCUCUCUUGAAACCAUUUUUUGAACCUAAAACACAUGCCGACCAAGUUAGCGAGCCUCAACAUGUGGAUGAGUCUCAAAUGAAUGAUGAGGUCCUCGAGACGAAAACAAAUCAAGUUGCAAUUCAUCCUGAUCUAGACCAGGUUGCGCAAUUGUCACACUUGAGGUUUGGUAGCUUUGGCUUGAUAGGAUCAGGCCGAGCUAGUAGUCGCUUUAAUUAUAACUUGGAGGACACGCAAGAGACAGAGGAAAAUUCAUCUUUCAGACAACAUGAUACUAACUUCUAUGGAGGGGAAGAAGAACUUAGAUAUAAUGCUACUGAUGAACAAACAUCCUAUCAAAUAGAUUCGACCGCUAGAAACUACCAUGCUUCAUCAGAUUCUGAAAGAGAAGCGGCACAUCAUGAAGAACCUCCUCAAGAAGAUCCAUAUAUGCAGAAUCUUGACAGCUUCUUCACCAACGUAAUGGAUCUAAGAGAUGAGAGUAUUUCUCCUCCCGGUGGAGGACAACAAGCAGCAGCUCUUUAUCAACAUCCCGCCUUAUACCCAUACUUUAAUCAACAUGGAAUGCCAUUAGGGUAUCAUGGUAACUUCAUAAGUGAUCCAUUCAUGCCCCAUGGUUACAUGCAUCCAGGUUUUCAGCAAGUGUUUCCUGUUGGUAACCAUCAGGUUCCUCUAGUUGUGGUUAUUCCUCCCUCUGCCUCAUCACUUCAGCAGCAGCAGGUAAACCAAUAUAUUGUUUUGUUGGUGUGAGCAUCUGAAGUUCUAGUUCUUUUCUUGGUUUGGUUUGGUUUUGUUUUCUAUGGUUUGGUUUAUGCUGAAUUAGAACUGGAAUUUAGUUUUGGCUCCGUUUGGUGUGAAAUUUUAGUGAGUUUCCAUGUUUAUAAAGGUUAAUAGGUGAAUUUUUGUUUGGCUUUUGGUUAGAAGAAUUUUGGAUAUCUAUUUUGGGACCCUUAUUAACCUGUAGGUUCUUUCUUUUGUUUUGAUCCGCGGAACGAAAACACAUUUGCCUGGCAACGACCACACAUGCGUGUGGCUCCCAGUGGCGAAGUUUACAUCUACAGUGUUAAUCCAAACAUGCAGCCUCCCGGUUUCGUUCAAGCCCAACAACUGCACCAGCAACAGCUGUCUCAACAAGCUUUAAUGUCACUGGACCAACUCCGUCACCAGCAUCAGUAUCAGCAUCAUCAACAAAGUGCUGGAGAGGCGUCUAGUCAGACUCAAGAACAGCUAUGGCCCAAUAACAGCUAGUGAUCAAAAUAAAAACCCCUCUCUCCAUGCCUUGCUUUCUCUUUCCUUUUUUUUUUUGUGAUGUUUGUUAUUCCUGAACAGCGAUGAGUUGAUUCAGAACUAUGAAAAUGGUGUUGUGUGUGUUUGCAUGUUUGGCUAAUAAGAUUUAUGAGGGGGUUUGUUAAAGACUUUUUUAAUGGUUGGUUUGUUGACUUGAAAUUCUGUUUUUGUUUUUGUUUUUGUCUUUACUCUUUAAACUCUUCA